AGUUUGUCUGCGUGUCAUGUUGAUGAAUGCUAAAAUAGGGUAGUCAACAUGUCUACCGCCGCUGCUCAACAAAACAAUAACGAUGAACCCGGGCUUCACGGCUCUUGGGUGGAAUUAGAGAUGAACGGGAACACAGGAGCCCAGGGCAUGCAGACCAACCCAUCAGUGACACCCGCUGCAGACCAAAUAAAUGCAAAUGCCGGGAGGAGUCAAAAUCUACAGCCUAUGGAAGUGGUGCCGGAGGAGAUAGAUGAGAGCCUGGUCGGGGGGUUAGAACAUGUGCCCUCGUCCUCGUCCAUCCAUAAUGGAGACAUGGAAAAGAUCCUCCUGGAUGCACAGCAUGAAUCCAGCCAGAGCAGCUCCUCAUGUGAUAGUCCCCACAGGCCACCAAGUCCGGAUCAGGAUGAGGGGCAGAUAACCUUUGAUGUAGAGAUGUCAAGCACAAGAGGCAGCCAGUCAGAGGAAGACGGCCCAGAGAAGGACAGAGAGGAAGAUAUCCUGAUGAACAAGGGAGUAGACUGGGUUGCUGAUUGGUCCAGCAGACCUGAAAACAUUCCUCCAAAGGAAUUCCACUUUAGGCACCCCCGACGUUCAGUAUCUCUUAGUAUGAGAAAGAGCGGCGUUAUGAAGAAAGGUGGCGUCUUCUCCGCAGAAUUCCUCAAAGUCUUCAUCCCUUCCUUACUUAUCUCACACAUUCUCGCUCUUGGCCUUGGGGUGUACAUCGGGAAGAGAAUUGCCACAGCCUCCACCAGCUCUUACUAAAUACAAAAUGAAGCAGUGCCUGGAUGUUGUGAUCUCCUGUCUGCACCUCGUUCAAACAUCCUCCUGUACUCAAGCCUCCUCUCUUCCUCCGCCUCUAUUGUACGCCUACGUUUCCCUCCUGAUCUGCAUUGAAUUCUGUCACAUUCUAGAUUUAGUUAUAGGACACAUUACAUAAUGUGGUUGCACUCCUUUACAUCCUGACACAGAGCAGUAUUGCUUCCAACAGUUGUCACCAACAUGAAUCCAGUAGAUAACAGACCCUGCCUGAGCAUAUUAGAGAAUAUUCGUCAUCCUACUCAAAAAAAAAAAAAAAAAAGAAGUGACUUGGACUUGAUGUCAGAUGGCUUCAGGGUGUGGGAUUUUCUCUGAAAUUUCUAUACUCAUGUUUUUGACAGAGAUGUUAUGUCAUAGGAAAUCUGGCCUUCUCCCAAGAUGCAUCUCUCCACUGGUGUCCCAAUGGGUAGACUGCUUGAACCAAAAAUAUGCGCCAUGUCUGUGUAACAAAACAAUUUAUUUGGCUCUGGGAGUAGAAGGGAUUUUUUUUUUUUUUUUUUUUUUAUUACCUUAACUUUUUGAGCUUAAUAUUCAUGGCGCAGUUACCGGGAGAAAAAAAAUGCUGCACUGUGGGAUUAGUUUUUAAAUUCCGCACAUUUUUCCUGGACGUUGUAUCAUAUUGACUGUCUGUGGUUUGUUUUUAAAGCUUUGUUUUACUGAGGGCUGGGAAGCUUCAGUGUUGAUCCAGUUUCCGAUAGAGUGUGUGGAUAUUUGAAUAGAUUAUGAGAGUGGAACUUAGACUGGAUGACAAUAUACCAGGCCAUAUGCUAGUUUUCUUUUUGCCUACAUAUCGUUUUCAUUAACACAGAAUACAGCAGUGAUGGCAAAGUGCCAAAUUUGUAUAUCUUUCACCUCUGCACAUUGGUGAUUUAUCUUUUUUUUCUGACAUGCUGAAAUAUUUAAAUAGAUGUGAAAAUACUCCAAGCUGUGACCCACCCACAUGGAUACCUUUUGACACUGUAUAAUUUGUUUAUACAUUGUUAUUUGAUUUUCAUGGAUAGUAUAUCUUAUGCAUUGUGGCAGUGUAAGUAAUGAUUUUUUUUUUUUUUUUUUUGCAUUUUGUUGAACAGCUGCCAUAUGAUAGUUGCUGAACUGGCAGUGGUAGAAACCACCAGAGGGAAAGACAUUUCCAGAGGCCUCAUCACUCAGCGUUAACCCGAUUGUAUUGUAGGUUUCACUGCACAAUCAUUUCAAAUAGUAUGAUACCAAUAAAUAUAAGAAAAUAGAACUCAUAGAGUAAGGAUAGAGGUAGAUAUUAGCUUUACUUUUUGAUAUAUCAGAAAAUCAAAGUAAAUCCCCAAGUUUGACAUGAUUUUAACUUUUAAAAAUCACAAGUCUGGAUUGGAUUUAUAGUAAGUACAACAUUUGUGUUUAAGAAACUCCAGCAUGAGGCAAUAGCUCUGCACCUCUAUCAUUGAUUUGGUUGGCUGUGGAGAGAGCGAUGGGUAUGGCAAAAAAAAAAAAAAAAAAAGGGGGGGGGGGGGUAUGAUGAAGUCUUGGCUGCCUCUAAUCCCGACUGUUUGCAUGCCUUUCAACUUGAAACUAGCACAUUUUUAGGCUAACUAGACUCAUUGUGUUGCAUCUGAGCAGUCAGGUUUAUCCUUCUGAUCAUAUGUGCAUUGCUGUUGCAACUUUUUUUUUUUUUUUAACCAAUAGACCAAACAUUGUUUGAUCAUAUGAAGGGCAGGGCCCUCUGAAAUGUCAAGUAUUAAUCAAGUAUUAUCUCAUUCAAGCAGUGAUAAAAUAAGUAGCAAGGACUGAAGGGUGUGUUCAAAUUGCUAGAUUUGUUGUCAUCGUAUUGAAAAACUAACAUUAAAAUGUGAAAUUGCUCACAA